UUCUGUUUUGUUUAGGGUCCACUCGCUCAACCGCCCUCAAGACGUGAUGCGUCAAAGGGGAAAGCUCCUAUGCUUUCUCCACAAAGUCGUGGUGCACGGGAAGAUGAGUUGUUCACGGAAGAGAAGAUGGCGUUGAUCCCUAAUUCGCUAAAAUGGAUGAUUCAUGAAUUCCUAAGGCUAAAAGAUAAACGUGAUAUAAUCACAAUUUCUGUCCCCCGAGGAUUCAUUGCACCGCGUACCCAGAUCAUUUUAUCUGGAGAGGAUUUGCAGCAGGUUGCUACGUGUAACUACAUCGGCAACCAGGGAAUGCUGUUUGGAAUGAUGCACAUAUGGGAGAGCAUCAACGGUCUGAGAAAAAUUUUCAAGUUUUACGACCCAGAGCUUCUCACAGUGCAUGGAAUCAGCGAUGAAGAACAGAGUUAGUCUUUUGACGAUGCGGCAAGACGAUUGGCUAAUUGGUUAUCAUUAAUGAACAGCAACCACCAAAUGUUCUUUAUUCCUUGGAAUAUCGGGAUGCAUUGGACGCUAGUGGUGGUUGCGCCAAGGAAAAUUAUCCAUUUAAACCCUGUAAAAGGCCGCCCAAUUCCCGAAGAAAUAGAACAAAUGAUCGGAAGGGCAUUCAUGUAUAUAGGGGACGCACAUCAGUAUCUUGGCCCGUGGCAAGGAAUUUCACAAGCAAACUGUCCAAGACAACCUAAAAGCCAAGAAUGCGGUUUUUAUGUUUUGAAAUAUAUCACUGACAUCGUCGCACGUGCCAACCCCAACCGUUACAUAGAAGAUCAAAAAGCUUUUGGGGGUAAGAAGCAAUACGAUCCAAAAACAGAAUUGUUACCGCUACAGCGAAAGUGGAUCGAACAAUUGAUGGCGGUGAUUCACGGUGACGAUUGAGGUUCAAAGGUCGAAGAAUUUUUCUUCAUUAUGUAAUUUUUAUAGAUUAACUUGUAAUUAGAUUUAUUAACUUAUUAAUAUUUUUAACUAAUUUUACAUGUUUGUGUAAUAUUUAAUUAUUUUUAUGAAAUCAAAUUAUAUUUUUACCCAAAUUUAAUUACUAUUUAAUUUAAAAUGUAAUUAAUAUAUAAUUAAAUUAAAUAAAUAUGUAAUUUAAAUUAAAUAUAAUAAUAUAUAAAUUAAUAAAUAUAAAAUUAAAAUUAUAUAAUUAAAUUAAAAAAAAUGAAAAAACUGAAAUCUGCUCACUUUUGGCGUCGGUUCCUACAACCCCUAUGGCGUCGGUUAUUGGCUAGGAACCGACGCCAUAUAUACCCCUAUGGCGUCGGUUCCUAGCUAAUAACCGACGCCAUAGGGGUAUAUAUGGCGUCGGUUCAUAUAAACCCUUUAGCGUCGCCCUGAUAGGCGUCGGUAGCGAAUUUCGCGAAAACCGACGCCUAAAGGGCUAAAAAACCGCCUCUAAAGGGU